ACAUAGAGAUGCGAGCAGAAAGUUUUGUGUAGUUUGUGGCGUCGCGAGAACUUUUCCAGGGGCUGAAAUUUACGGUGUAAAUCGCGCACGAAUCUUUGUCAGGCUCCCAGAACAAUUUCUAAUACGGUGGCGAAGCUAUACUGUAGUUUGCACGUGAAAUCAUCCCGAAAGUUAACCGCGCUUCAGAGGACAUCGAAUGAAUAGGAUUCGAGCACACGAGUAGAGAAACGACAACAAUGUUGACUCCAGCGUUCGAGCUAAGGCAAGAUGACGACUUCCUAAUAGUAGAGAUCAAGGCACCAUACUCUAAGAUAUCGGAGGCAGAGAUCUACUUCCACGAAGAAGAGUUCACCUUUUACUCCAAGCCAUACUACCUGAGACUGCAUUUGCCUGGAAAAGUGGUGGAAAAUGGACAUGAAACUGCUAAGUACAUCUCUGACAAUGGUCUUUACGUGGUUCACAUGCCAAAGCAGAGUCCGGGCCAAGUUUUUGCUGGCUUGGACCUUUUGACCAAGCUCCUAGCUCCAAAUCCGAGGGCAGUCCGUGCACGACCCGUGAUUGAAGUUCUUGAAAACCAGUGUGCCAGUGAUGAGCCACCCGAAGUGGACUGGCACGUGGAGCAGGCGCCUUGGACGCCCGAGGACGAGGUUUCCCUGCUUGGCGGACGCAAGUAUGGCUUCGACAGGCAGAGGACGGGCGUCAUCGCACGCAUCAAGGAGGAGAUGCCCGACCUGGUGGACAUAGCUGAUCCUGAGCACCAGAGCGUGAAGGAAGCCCGGCAGGAGCGGUUCCAGGCAGAGGAGGGGCACUUUAGUGCCGAACACUACCUAGCCGACCGCUACGAACCUGCUGGUGUGGAGCAGGUGUUGGCCUAUGAGCCUCCCUGGCAGAACCUGUGCUCUGAUGCUGGCACCGACAACCUCUUUUGUUUCACAGAAGAAGAAAAAAACAAAAUGCGCAACCUUCCCCGCAAGGAAUAUCUGCUGGACAGGCAGUUGGUGGUGUCCCUUGAGCUUGGCCUGGUGGACAUCUUGUUCGCCUACGCCUACAACAAGCGGGUCACUGAGGGUGAAGACACGGUGGAGUCCGGUUGGAACAUAAGCAAGCUCAGUGCAACACUCUCGUGGUUCGAGGAGUUCUGGUCCUUGGAGCAAACCGUGCGGAGUUGUUUUCGGCGGUGUCUCGUCUAUCCACUCUACCGUCACUGGGCUCUCGCUCAAGCUGUCCUUGGAGAUGUCAUUCAAAUCCUGCAACUGGGUCCCCGGUAUGUCCUCAGAUGCCUUCUUGAAAUCCAUGGCAUAUUUAGCCGCCACGACUCCAGGUACGUCCUGAAUGACCUGUACAUCACAGACUACGCAGUUUGGAUACAGUCUGUUAGUCCGAGGCACCUGCAGUCUCUGGCAGAUGCCCUGAAAUGGGUUAAGGUUCGAAAAGCCGACCUCAACCUUGAUAUUCCCGAGCUCGAGCAGGGAGCCAAGCUCGCCAUUGCAGAAGUAGCCAUCGAGGAGGAGGCUGAGACCAGCAUGCAGGCCCUGUGCAUCUCCAAUCCUUUGACUUCGACAGGCGAUGCCCCUAGGGCCAAUGACGUCGUGGCCGAAUCACAGAACCGGCGCGCAGAUGACGACGAUAGCACGAGCAGUGACAACAGCUCGUGGAGUGAUGAUGAAAGUGACUCAUCAGACUCGACGAGUGACUCGAGCUCGGAGCUGGACUCGGACGAUGACGAAAUCGCCGCAGCUGGCGCGAGUCGACGCGGAGGAGCAGCUCCCGACGGUGACAGUUUGUCUGUGACCUCCAACAGUGAUUCUGACAGUGAUGACGGGAGCAGCUCGGAAGGCGUUGACCUGCUCUUGGUCAAGGAUGCCGAGCCUGAAAAACGCCGCUAGUGAUUUCCAUGUGUGCCUGCCUCUCAUCAGGGUUGGAAGAACACUAGCUGCAUGAUCAUUAUGUGGGAAAGCUGUCCCAGAGUCGAGCUGCAAGUGGUCGGCAAUGGGGACUGUCAGGAGGGGUGUGCUUUACAUGCACAUGAGCAUGGUUGGAGUUUGCAACUUGGAACUAUGUAUGAAUAUGCUGAAGGUAGCUAAAUGCAUUUAACUUUUUUCCUGAAGGCUAUACAAGGUACUGACAAGGACGUUUUGGUUCCUGUGUAUCGGUGUUCAAUUUCAACUUACAAUGCCUCCUCACGACCAAACAGGAUUCCAUCAAACUGUUGGCUUUAUGAACAGUGUAGUCUGGUGUUUUACAGCAGCAGUGCAAUACCAAGGGGUGCAGUGUCAUCUGCACUGGUGUUCAUGUUGUGCACCUUGACUGUGAAUGGGCUGCUUCAGCACUACCACAGCAAGCAUUGAAAGGCAAACGCUCAUGUGCUUUAUGAAAUUUAGCACAGAAUGAUGGCUCUUAACAGGUGAAGGCACUGGUUGUGUUGAUAUGUGCCGCUCUCACCAAUUUCACAGUGCUCCGAAACUAUUCCUCAUCUGUCCGGGGAAAGAAAGACAGUUCUCAAUAUCACAAGGGCAGUGGCACAUUCGCAACAUAAUGGUCACAUUGGUUCAUGUAAGUCUGCGUGGUCAAGUGGGAAAUAUUCUUGCCAAAGCAUGACCUUGGUGACCUGCAUCUAGUGUAUAGUACUGGGUGUGUCGCGUGAUUUGAACCAAGUAUUUUUAAAAAGUGGUUGAUUGUAGCUGGGUAGAACCAACAACAUUUGGUUUGCCAUAAUGUGGCAUUCAUCAGAGCAUGUGUCGUAUUCCACUUAGUUAAAUAACCACAAUCAAUUAUGCAAUAUUUUUAACAUUCACUUAAGGACAAAGUAUGUUUUUUUGCCGAGGGGAUUUAGAAAAGACUUAUCCAAUUUUUUGUGGAAAUAUGCAUGCUGCAUGGUGAUUUUUUUUGGCAUUUAAGGAAGCCCAAGAAAUCUGAAAUAAGACCAUGUGGCCGUGCUCCUGAGCCAUCGUAUUGAAGCGCUCUCAACUGAGCAAGAGAACUUGUUGGAGCUUUCUUCCAGUUGUGUUGAGGUAGAAUGGAUCGUUUGCAUGUGCAGUAGGUGAGAAACCUGGAUCUCAGAAUUUGGGAUUGUUGCUGCAUGGCAUCACCACAGUCACCACUGCGUUUCUUCACUUCUGUGCCAAGAGUGAAUAUGAAUACCAAAGACUUUCCUUCAUCUGUACACAAUGUGCCUUUCUUAUCUGAAGGAAUGCGGUUGUGCUUAUUGUCGUUACCAUCGCCCCUGGAACAGCCUUCCAUUGAACCAGUGCCUCCUAGACUAGAUGCCUGCGAUGUGAGCUGGUUGCCAGCCCUCCACCGAGCAGUGUCGGCUGCAAGCGCUCCUUGCGGAGACUGCACUGAACUACGAGGGACCUCCCGUCCCAAUGGGACAUCACAGGCAUCUUUCUAAAGGAGGCGUUGAUUGAACCCAUUCAAUCUCCACGCGCUCCUUGCAGGCGGGUUUGCAUUUAUUUGUUGAAUGCAGGCAAUCCAUCACAUGGCUAUCCAAUUUCAUAGAAAUCAGGAUUAAAAGGGAUCUUUGUCUUCAUUGUUCUGACAACUAUGUGCUAUGGCUGAUCCUAGUUGAAUGCAUCUGACAACUUGUCAAAGCAGAGCUGUUCGCAGUGGCUGAACUGGGCGCUCCAUUUUGUCUCCGCGGCCCCACGAGCUAUCUAUGUGUAUGUUGCAGCUCGUAAUGUUUGGGACAUUUUUUUAAAUUGUCGACGCAGAUUCUGGUAAGUAAAAUAGACGUGAGAAGCAUCAUGUGAUUUUACGCGGAGCUUUCCAUAAAUGUAUGCUACAAUGUCCCUCAGUUACGUGGUACCCAGUUGGGUAUUUUUCGUUUGGGCCUUCUCAGUAUUAAUAGAGGAGCAGUUACGUAAGGUAAUGAUCUUUGAUAUAAAGUUGCAUGCAUGUAGAACUGAAUGGAAGCAGUUUAAACACCAGUGUUGAUAGUUUAUGCGAAAGCUAAUGCCAGUUUGGUCAAGACCAAUGUGUUGUCGUAGACCGUGUAGAGCACCUAGGAAAUACUGCAAGCUGAUGUAAAAAUCCAAGGUGCGGCCUAUCUAUGUGUUCAGGUUGACACCAAUGUUGAAGAAUAUGGGAGCACACACUCCACUCCACUUGGAGAUGUCAGCAACCAGUUGGGAUAUUUAGGCAAUGGAUCAUAACAUCUGAUUCGGUUGUAGAAAACGUGUUGAAAUUUAAUGAUCUUUGUAUCUGAGGGGUAAGUUUCUACAGCGCGACUGGGCGCGGACGGAGAAGGAACACGCAAACUUACACACAGCGCUGACUUUCAACUUUGUUGGAGUUACGAGCCCAGAGGUAACAAGCCGGUGUUGCCAUUUGCAUUGGCACACUCCAAGUUAGUCAAAUGUGCUGUGAUUCAGUCGUGUUUUCACAAUUCUUUGUCCAAGUCUUGCGAGCAUAAGAUUGAGGAAAGUUUGUGGGGCCAGGCCAAGCGUCUGUGCAACUCCGGUUACCCAUGAGACUGUUGUCAGCGGUGGCGGAACGCCUGAGCAAAAAGUACCGGUCAAAUCCGAGUGAGUGUCAGAGUGCCAUUCGAACGAGCAAACCUGCAGUAGGGCCCUACAUACACACCGUAUCUCACAAUCUGAAAAGGAUUGCGAGAAGGUCCAGUGUGGACGUUGUUUUUUCUGCGCCCGUGCGACUGCAGGGACUUUGCAUUCGAGUGAACGCUGCAAAAGAAAAUACUUCGUGUUCCACUAAACAUAGCGAGAAGUUCGUGGCCUGUGUUAAAGAUGUAAUUUAUUCCGUCCCGCUGUCAUGUUCUCGUGUGUACAUUGGCCACACCGGCCGUUGUGUGAAUCAAAGGUUGAGGGAACAUAAGUACAAUGUCACGAAAGUUAUUUCUGGACACCUUGCUAUUCACCGUCAAAGAUGUGGCUGUUUUCCCAUGUUUGAUAAAACUAGCAUUCUCGACAGGGCAAGAAAUCGAUUGACAAGAGAAAUUAUUGAAGCAUAUGAAAUAGAUAAAAUGAAUGAUACAUGUGUCAGCAUGCCAUCCUUGUCACUGUCAGAUAAGGAAAAGAGAUAUCUGGAUCCGUCACUCUAGGUAGGUGGCAACUGGUUGGGAUUGCGGCAAAACAUGCGCGUUUUGGUCCUGCUUUUGUUUCUUGUUUUGUGUGCACCUGCUCGCGUAUGUCUAUAUAAGCGUCACGUGCAUAUGAAAAAUAAACAUUCCAGUUGAAAGUCAGCGUUGUGUGUGUGUUUGCGUGUUCCUUCUCCGUCCGCGUCCAGUCGCGCUGUAGAAACUUAGCAUGAACAACCAACUAGCCCGCCAACGCACUUUGGCCAAUAUCUGGGGGGGAUAAGACUAUAUAAGCAUGAAGUUUCUCAGAUAAAACUUGCUUCCAGAAUCUCUGUAGUGUUCAUUCACUCUGUACAGUUUCAUAAUUUCACCAUGGCUUUGUGGCAUGUCAUGUGGUUAUAUGUAUCGGUUUGCUUAAAGGCGUCAUGAACCACCCCUCAGGCUUGGUGAAAAAAAAAACAUCCUGCGGCAAGCAGACACUGCUACGAACAGCUCAGCCAUAUCUUGCACUCGUUCGUGGCAAAGCAAGUUUAGAAGCGAAGUUGCGAUUUUCUCAGGUACCCUCUUUUCAUACAGAACCCGUGGUCACCCUCCUCGGAGCUGCCAGUGCCUGCUGUUUGACGUCAAACAGCUGACAGCAUGCUAUUGGCUAAUAGCCAAUAUAAAUCAAGCGCAGCAUUUGGAUCAGAUGAGCUUUUUGCCAUGUGGUGCCGCCAUAGUCUGCCAACAUUACACAAUGCGGGGCUAAAUAUCAACUUGUGAACUAAUUUUGAUGAAAAUUUCAAGGAUGACUCAUCUUCUUGAUAUUAGGACAUAUUCAAAUUUUCAGCACCCUAUCGUGAAUACAAAAAAACCUACAGCUGUUGUAAUGAUCAAUCAUGUAUGCUAACUUAGGAAAACUAUCAUUUGAAAAAUUGGAAUAUGUACUAGUUAUCAUUUUAAGUCCUCUAGAAGGUUUGUAGUGCAGGAUAAGGCCAGUCACGUAUUUUUUAUGAUGUUUCUGUAAAAAUGCCAUCACUCUAAAAGUGAAGAUUAUUUUUUUCCUUGUCACUGCAUGUCGGACUAGUAAAUUUCUUUUGUGUGUGUUAGAAACUACUUAGGGUUGAGAAAAGUACCUUAUUUUGUUCCUGACAAAAUUUCAAUUUCGAAACAACCUUGUACGCUGCUUUUGGCGAAGGAGUUUCGAAAUGAUCGUAUUCCUAAGAGGCUCGUUCCCCCCGAAAAUGCGAACUGAGAAAAAUGAGUUUAAAAGAUUUCACAACAUGCUAUUUAUUUUGAUGGUAAAACAAAAAUGAUGAAAUUGACCUUCUGCAUAAAACAGCCUUCCUCAUCAACAUGACACCGUUCUGUGACAAUUUCAUGCAAUUGUCUUCAAUUUAUCCCAGCUUUCGAGUUGUGAAUGUUGCUCACAACACGUAUUGGUCACAAAACGGACCACACGCUGAUCGCAAUGAACUCCCAGAAAAACGAACAUAUGAGCACAGAAACACAGAAGGAGUAACUCGGAAUUUGUACGAAAGCAGUGGCGGAUGGUCACGUGAUAAGUUUCCGCCAAUUUGAGCUUCAGUUCCAGUUUUCCAGCAACUCUGCUGUGGGCGCGCAGCUAAAAAUGUGCCCUUUUAAAUAAUUUGUUUGUCCUCUGAUGUACUCUCGACAGAAGGUCUUCUGUGACAAAAAAAAGCGUGAAAAAAAAACAAUCCAACACGGGCAUUCACUUUGCGUUCGGCUUCUUGGCCGCUUUGCAGCCGCGUCUUGAAAGGGGCAUUUCAGAGAUGCUCUCCCAGCAAAUUCGCGUCACCCUCUCGUAAAAAGAAUUUUUUUUAAAAUGCGAAGCAUUUCUUAGCGAACCUCAGGCACUUUGGCCGUUUCUAUCUACGUAUCUGUCUGUCUAUCUGUUAUUAUUAAUGGUGAGCAUGUUCUUUAAUGAACCAGCCAUCCAAAACAACUCAAAUUUGAAAGUGCAUAUUUUUUUUAAAAAUCGUGUUUGUAGCCCCACAUCCCCCCUUAAGAGCCACUACGGGAAACAGCGAUUGCGUUUCAUCAAGCACACUCAAGGUCAUGAUGCACGCUGACGUAACUUCUUUCCCCCGUGCCAUCCCUCCCUGUGUACCUUCCAGUGCGCUCGUUGGGUCGAGAGAAAGCCUCAGAUGCGAGCAAACAGCCCUAAACACGGGACGGAGAAGAACGACAGACACAAGCGCCGAACUAACAACCAGAGAGAAAAUGUUGAUAGUGUGAGACAAAUCCCUGUAACACCGCUCGUUCUUGACGAAUUCAAGAAAUCUUUGUGGAAAUCGGUUCGUGAGGCAAUGAACUCCGAUACUGAGGUCAUUCAAUGCUUGGAAAAGUGGUUCAGAACCCCUUUAAGAACAGAUCACUUGUCGUGUGAGUGGUGCAUACUGGAGUGUUUCUAUAAUUUCAAAGUUACGUUGCAGUGAGGCUUCCGUUAACUUGCACAAAUUGUUUUACGGUUUAAAGGCAUUGGGCCUGGCACUCUUUUACUUAAUGGGCCCCGUAUCGUACAUUGUCUCACUGUGUGAUGCAUGCAUUUGUUUUUCUUGUGUUGGCAAUGCUGCAUGGUGGCCAUGUUUUUAGAAGCCACCUGGAGCUGUGUGCAGUCCCCUGUCCUCAACAACGUUGCUAGUUGGGCGAGUUGAAACCUGUCAUUCGUAAUGGUAUUGAAAAAACGGCAGGAAGGGCAAGAUGGAAGCUUGCGAUGAAGAAAAUCCGUAAACAGAAGACAGGUCCACUUGUCGAAACGUCGGCUCGAGCACCCACCCCAUGUUUACGGAUUUUUCAUAAUGCUAUUGAGCACAAACACUAGACAAAAGAUGAGCGAGAGGACAAGGACAGCUGCGUCCUUGUCCUCUUGCUCAUCUUUGGUCGAGUGUUUGCGCUCAAUAGCAUUAUGAAUCCCCCAUCCUAACCUCAUUGUUUUGCAGGAACCUUAUUGAUUAUGCACAAAACAAGCUAAUAUGCUAUGAACAGCAUUUGAAGACAAAAUCAUGCAAUGGCAUUUCGAAGGGUUUGCAAGUACUUAUGUGAUGUGGUGUUUCAUAUAGUAAUAGUCAUUGUGUUCUUGAGAUUAACAUGAGUUCUUUGCCCAGGGCUCUGCGCUUCAGCAAUAACAGCCAAGACAUGACAAAUUAUGAUGCCAGCACUUGUUUGAGAAAUUGUGAGCAGCAUGCCACAUUGUGCACUUGCUGCAUGUAGCACGACUUUGCACUGGCCAGGUGCUGCAGACUUUCUCUGGGAAAAUAGCUGCUCACCAUUUCAGGAAUACAGGCCGCUUGUGAUGAUCUGAUGCCAUGAGGUUGCACAUAUUGGUGCAAUAAACAAGACUGUUUGUUGGCCUAGUUGGAAUUUACUAGUUGGUAUUCACUUGUCAUUGUGUUCAUCCCUUUGUUGUGUGUGUUCUAAUUCGUGGCUAAAUGGUGCAAUAAAGCACUCUU